AUGGCAGCUCACGAUAAAGCCUACGAGGGGCUAGUGAAAGGAAAGAAAGCCAAGCCUAAAGAUAUUGUCCACAACUUAAGGAAUCUACCUUUAACCACCGAACCAUGGGUCAAGUACUCUUACACGAGUUUGACGUAUACCACAAUCUCACAUGUUAUUAAGAUUAUCACAGGCAAAUGGCUUAGAGACGUGCUGAAAGAGCUGAUCUGGGCGCCGCUGGAUAUGGACUCAACCCUUUUCGAUCUCCAAGACGCAAGCCAUGCCCCUAAUCAACUUGCUUCGGGUUACUAUUGGGACACAAAGGAAGGAAAAUACGGUGAGGUUCCUUUCAUGAACGUUACUGAGCUCAGCGGCGCCGGGGAAAUUUUCUCAAAUGUCCUCGACUUCGCUAAGUGGGUAAAAUGCCUACUUCACGAGGCAGCUCCAUUCUCCAAAGAGGGGCAUGUUAUGUAUUCUCACAGCGGAGGGGUGCACGCUUAUGGAGCCCAAGUCUAUUGGUUGCCUAGUAUCAGGUAUGGCGUCGUUGCGUUCGCGAACACGGCCCUUACUUCAAAUGCCGUGGAGGAAAUCCUGGCAUGGAACUUGAUCCAGGACCGACUUAAAAUCCCAGAGAACGAGCGUUCUGAUGUCAAGUCUAAGUCCGACACGCCUUCCACUGUCCUACGAAAUAUUUACUAA